AUGGGUGAUCAAACUAAAGUUAAAGAUAAUAUCAGAAAGUUAGGGUAUAGAAAGAUAGAUAAAUUAAAUGAUGAAAAAUACGUAGAAAUAAACUAUUUAGGAAAAGAAAUGUAUCCUAAAUCUUCAGUAUUAGUAUAUCAAAAUAUCAAAAACUAUCGCUCCUGUGACCAAAUUCCAAAAAGAAUGGAUCCAAAAACCUAA